AUGGGAUUCGACAUUGAGGAACUCUUCGAAACGCGCAUUCCAAGAGGCGGCGACAGACAGCGUGAUUGCCCCAAGCCCACUGCGCCGUGCCUUGGACCGCUCGCCCAGCGGGACGGGAAUCACAGGCACGUCAAGGUACCUGGCUUCUUGCUGAAGCCUUUACCUGGUGUCGUCGCCUUGGACCAUUCUUGUCCCUUUUUUGACAUUCGAUUCGACGUUGUCGGCCCCUGGAAUUUUUUGCAACGGUCGGCCCUUCGUCCCAAAAGCAACGAAGUAGCCGCCACUUCAACACGACUUGGCUCUCCCACAUCCUGUGCCUCGCCAUACGCCGCGAGAAAUCAAAUCGAACCGAACCGCGCCUUGAACGAGCGCGAACCCAACUCAGGCCGAGCCCAAGCGCGACGCCUUACUGCUUCUUCGCAUAUUUGCGCUGAGCGGCCACGAUUCCUCGCUCUAUUCGCUCCUUGA